AUGGCAGAAAUCGCCCCUGCCAGUAGCCUCGAGCAGAUCGACGAGAAGCAAGUCGCGCAGGCGCACAACGGCGCCACCGACGCCGCCGACGCCCGCGAUGGCAACGAAAAGGCAGAUGGCGCGGCCGGCGCUGUUGCGCCCGUCUCGGAGAAGAAGCAGUCCAUGUCGGACCUGUUUACGAUUAUUUGCGCGGGUGCCGCCCUCAUCUCCGACGGCUACCAGAACAACCUCAUGACCAUGUGCAACGUGCUCUUCAAAAAGGAGUAUGCGGCCGUCUACACGUCGGCCGUCAGCACCCAGGUGUCCAACGCGCUGCUGGUCGGCGAGAUCCUCGGCCAGGUCGUCGUCGGCCUCACCUGCGACUACAUGGGCCGCAAGACGGCCAUCGUCGUGACCACGCUGAUGAUUGUCCUGGGCGGCAUCAUGGCCACGGCGGCCCACGGCGCGACCACGCUGGGCAUGUUCUGGAUGCUGACCGUGGCGCGCGGCGUCGUCGGCUUCGGCACCGGCGGCGAGUACCCGGCGUCGAGCACGUCCGCCUCGGAGGCCGCCAACGAGCGCACGCCCACGCGGCGCGGGCCCAUCUUCAUCCUGGUGACGAACCUGCCGCUGUCCUUUGGCGGGCCCCUGGCCAUCAUCGUCUUUCUGAUUGUGCUCUCGGCGGCCGGCAUGGACCACCUGUCGACGGUGUGGCGCGUGUGCAUGGGCAUCGGCGUCGUGUUCCCGCUGUCCGUCUUCUACUUCCGCCUCAAGAUGCUCAACUCGAAGCUGUACCGCCGCGGCGCCAUCAAGAAGCGCGUGCCCUACCGGCUGAUUGUGCGCUACUACUGGAAGACCCUGAUCGGCACGUGCGGCGCGUGGUUCCUGUACGACUUCAUCACCUUCCCCAACGGCGUCUUCUCGGGCCUCAUUAUCGCGUCCGUCGUGCCCGCGUCCGGCGACUCCAUCCUCAAGACCGCCGAGUGGAGCCUGCUGCUGGGCGUCAUCGCGCUGCCGGGCGUGUUUGUCGGCGCCUUUCUGUGCGACCGCAUCGGCCGCAAGAACACCAUGAUCCUCGGCUUCUCGGGCUACCUGGUCUUCGGCCUCAUCAUCGGCUGCGCGUACGACAAGAUCACCAAGAUCCUGCCGCUCUUCAUCGUCUUCUACGGCCUCAUGCAGUCCUUUGGCAACCUGGGCCCCGGCGACAUGCUGGGCCUGCUGUCCUCCGAGAGCUAUGCCACGGCCGUCCGCGGCACCUGCUACGGCCUCAGCGCGGCCCUCGGCAAGACGGGCGCCGCCGUCGGCACCGAGGCCUUCACGCCCAUCCAGAACAACCUGGGCAAGCGCUGGACGUUCAUCAUUGCCGCCAUCUGCGGCGUCGCCGGCAUGCUGGUGACGUACUUUUUCGUGCCCAACGUGACGGGCGAGGACCUGGCCAUCAACGACGAGAAGUUCCGCCAGUACCUGCUGGCGAACGGCUGGGACGGCGAGAUGGGCGAGGACGACCUGCGGGCGCUGGCGCACGAUCUGUAG